GGGUAAGGUAUUUACGAAAGUACUGUAGGUAUUCGCUUGUGAUUCUGCUGUCCAGCUCCAGCUGUCUGUGGCUUUCCGUACGCACCUCCGAGUAGUCUGGUCAGAUCUCGGGCGCGGGUCUCGAACUUCACCUUCUAGCUCAGCUCAGCUGGCUUGCACAACAAGCGCCCCUGCCAUCCAUUCCCCCACCACCACACGGACGCAAAGACAAGACGCCCUGCAACACAACGAACGGCACUACUCUCCGUGAUUGAUUGAGCGCCUCCAUCAAGUCUCCUGGAGUUGCAUCGCAUCUCGUCCUCUCUUCAGAGCCUCCAUCUUUCACAUUCAUCUGCGGAACAUCCAAGGCAAACAAACAGUCCAUACACGCCCCUUCUUGCACUUGGCCCACGUCGCCAAUCCUUUCCUCGAAACGUAUUUACGACAGCAUCAACAAACCGUGGCCAACUCGCCCCAGACCUUCAGGACUCGCACCAUAAAUCAGGACAAGCAUAUUCUCGCCGCAGGGCGGUUCUGGAUGGCUUGCCUCUUGUAGCAAUAUCAGCGAAAAAGUUUGUGAUCUAGGUGAAGAAAGGGACAGCACGAGGCUCGAGGUUCGAGGUUCCUGAAACAAAGGAUUCAAAAACCUGCCAAAUCGAACAACAAAAUGGCAUACGAUCAGAAUCAGUACCAGCCUCCACAACGACCAUAUAAUGGUAGAGCCGCGCAGAGGCCUGGACCACCACAGGGCUAUUCUCAACCACCGGCGCCUGCGCAGCAGUACCCUCAGCAAUAUGACCAGUACCAGCAGGAUGGAUACGGGUAUGAUGAUUAUAAUAAUGGGUACUCGCAGGAUUAUGAUAGAGGAUACGAUGAUAUGAAUGGAGGCGGGAGAGGAAAUGGAUACCCGCCACAGAACGGAGGAUAUCCCCCGCAGCAGGAGUAUUAUGGAAAUGAUCGAAGAGGAGGGGGAAUGCCGCCACCGAGAGGAGGUGCGAGAGGAGGACCUAUGCAGAGACCGCCAACAGGAGACUCAAACCGAGGACCGAUGCAAAGACCACCAAUUGCCGAUGGAAAUCGAGGUGGUUAUGAUCCACGAGGAGGCCAAGGCAGAGGAUAUCCAAACGGUGGCCCAGCCGGAAGAGGCAGACCACCUUUGGACAGACAUGGGAACUCUGAUCCCGGAUCGAAAAAACCACCGGCCCAAGGUAUGCCCCGGAAACCAUUGAAGACGCCACCGAUGUCUCCCGAUCAGACCUCCUGGGACAAUCCGUUCCCUGCUUUCCCUGGCGCAAAGAAAAAGACAUCGGUCUCGGAGGAGCAAGAGAUUUUGAACAAGAUGCAAGCAAUGGAUCUUGCGAACCCGCCACCCCAAGGAAGACCUAGAGGUAAUGGAAGUCAAAGUAGUGGACCAGCCAGGGGCGCCUCGACAGAUGAUUAUGGAGGACGUUCUUCUCUGGAUAGUCAACGACGACCUAAACCAAAUGAUUACGGGCGAACUUCGGCGGAGAGCUCGAGAAGUGGACCUGGCAGGGGUUAUCCUCCUCCAGGACCACAACAAGGAUAUCCUGAACCUCGGAGAGGUCCCCCAGGCCCAAAUCCCGGAUAUGGACCGCCUCGACAGAAUGGAUAUGGAGAACCUGGAUUUCAGGAUGGAUAUGGACCAUCAUCUUCUGAGAGAGAGCGUGGUGGCCCGUCGAGAAGCAUGACGAUGCCCAAUGAAAUUCAACCACCAAUGGGACGUCAACCGCCGAUGGGACGUCAACCGCCGAUGGUUAUGAAUGGUCCUGGUCCAAGUGCACCGUACAAUGGUCCUGUGGGCAGAGGAGCUCCAAGACCAUCCACAGCUGGUGGGAGCCGACCGCCUCCUCAACGAACGUAUCCAAACCAGCCUCCGGCAGCGGAUCCGUACGCAAAUGGUGGUGGCCAAGGUUACGGGCAUGGAGCAAACGAGAGUGUUAGCGACUUCUAUGAUUCAUACUACGAUGAUCCUCAUGCUGGAAGGCCUGGAUCAACAGGUUCAGAGAUGCCAAAUUUCGACAUAGCUCCCAACAAUUCUGGAAACACCAGGAGAGGAGCUUCCAUCGACGGACAUAUCCAGCCUCCCAUGCAGAACCAGGCCUACCAGCAAGUCAAACCUAUGCAGCCACAUCCUGAUGCUCGGCACCGAGCUCAGCCUCAAGCUGCGGUUUUUGACAUGGUUGGAGAUGCUCCACCCAUGCCAAAUGACUAUGGUCAAGGACAGUAUGACGACGGUUAUGGCAAUGGAUAUAACCAGGCGCCUCGAGGCCCGCCUCAAAAUGGUUAUGGAGGAUUCGAUGAUCCAGCGCAGCAGAAUGGGUUUGCUCCUCCGCCUAGAAGUCAGUCUGCUGCGCCCGGCGGAGGUCGUGGAGGUCCUCCUCGUCCUAUGGCUGGGCUUCCAAGCGGACCAAAACCUGGCUUCAAUGGUCUUCCCAAUGGGCCUGCUCCUGGCGGCAUGGCACGAACAAACACGAUGCCUAAUGCAAUGGGCGAUACCCUACCUUCUCAUCCACCACCCGUCCGUGCUGGCCUUAUUCCAAACUCUAUCGCUAACCAAGCCAAUAACAAGCCGCCUCCUGUCCGAAAUUACAAUAAUAUCUCACCCGCCCAACAAGCUCCACCUCCUCAAGCAAACGGGGCACCACCAGCGGCCACUGCAGUCGAUUCACCUCCAGUUACGGCUGCUGAGUUAGAGCAGCUGAGAAUCACGAUUAAAAUCAACCCUGGCGACCAAGCUUCUGCAAUGCUUCUUGCCCGCAGAUUGGUUGAAGCCUCAGACACUCUGGCUCCCCAAAUUCCUGACCAGCGAGCACGGAACAAGGCUCGUGAGAAAUAUAUUAUGGAUGCACACAAGCUCUUGAAGAAACUCGUCGCGCAACAAAAUCCAGAGGCUAUGUUCUACUUGGCCGAUUGUUAUGGACGCGGUGCCUUGGGUUUGGAAACAGACAACAAAGAAGCGUUUACUCUGUAUCAAUCAGCCGCCAAAGCUGGUCAUGCAGCAGCAGCAUAUCGAACAGCGGUCUGUUGCGAGCUUGGGAAUGAGGAAGGUGGCGGUACUCGCAAAGACCCUCUCAAGGCCAUCCAAUGGUACAAACGCGCAGCUAUGCUCGGCGAUACUCCAGCCAUGUACAAGAUGGGCAUGAUCCAACUCAAGGGCCUGCUUGGGCAGCCUAAGAACCCCCGCGAAGCAGUUGGCUGGCUCAAACGUGCCGCCGAGCGUGCAGAUGCUGAGAAUCCCCAUGCCCUCCAUGAACUGGGCCUCCUAUACGAAGCGCCACAAGGAACAGACAACUCCGUCGUCCGUGAUGAAGCGUACUCUUUCAGCCUGUUCCAGCAAUCCGCUGAUCUCGGGUACAAGUUCUCGCAAUUCCGUCUUGGUGCCGCAUACGAAUACGGGCUGUUCAACUGUCCGAUCGACCCUAGGCUGUCGAUUAUGUGGUAUUCUCGUGCUGCGGCUCAGGAGGAACAUCAAUCUGAACUUGCACUAUCGGGAUGGUAUCUUACGGGCUCGGAAGGUGUUUUGCAACAGAGUGACACGGAAGCUUAUCUCUGGGCUAGGAAGGCUGCUAUGGCUGGUCUUGCGAAGGCUGAGUAUGCGAUGGGCUACUUUACUGAGGUUGGGAUUGGCAGUCCUGCGAACUUAGAGGAUGCCAAGCGGUGGUAUUGGAGAGCUGCUGCACAAAAUUUCCCGAAAGCGAGAGAAAGACUCGAGGAUCUCAAACGUGGUGGAUCGAAAGCGGGCUUGAAAGCUAGAGAACGGAUCUCUAGAUCGAAGGUCGGCAAGCAGAAUGAGGGCGAGUGUGCUGUUAUGUAAGGCUGGACACAACAACACGAUGAAAACCAAAGAAAUGGGAAGUCGACUGGAGCCGUGUGGGAUGAUUGAUGGGUUUAUGGAUAUGGGAUUGGGAACGAGAGAUGCAAUCGAGUGCAGAUGGAACGAGUUCAGGGUUGGAUGGGCUGGGCCCGGGACCCAUACGGAUGAUUGAUUGAUGAAAUCCCAAUCGAGCGAGCAGAUGGUUCGAAUAUGCCAUGGAUCGCUCGAGGAGGAGAUUCGAUUUGAUAUGGCAGCCAAUGUAAUGGGUGGGAUGAUUGCUAUUUGGAUGGGGAUUUUGACGUGGACCUGGAUGUGGAUAUCGAUCUGGAAGAUCUAUAAAUGUCCAUGCGUUUGAGUCGGUAUGAUGGGCGGGCGGGCGUUGAAUCACUGAAUGGAAUGGAUUUGUAAAGUUAGUACGAUAGUAUAAAAGUAAAAGCUAUAUAUUACCAAUGCGAGGCAUUGCAAUGC